GUGGAAUACCACCCAUGAGAUGGAUAGUGAAUUUUGACCACGAUCUUCUGGAUGGUCUGGUGUUGGCAGCACAGAUGGCAGCUUAUUGUCCAUAUUUGAUUCCCACUCACUUCAUAAAGAUGUAUACUAAUCCAAGAACUCGUGAACAGUUUCUGCACAAUGCCUUGAUACUUGUGAAGGCUCUGCAUACUAUCAAUCUGGAUAUGGACAUAAAGGCCACUGAUAUCUGUGAACCAAAUCCUGUCACGAUGCUUAUUUUGUGUGUCCACCUGUAUGACAUUCUCCCUCACUACUUACCCAAGAACACUAUAGAAUUUUCAGGUGCUCUCCAUGCAACUAUUGUGAAGCAGGUGCACCUGAAGAACCCGAGCAAUAACACUUUGUCCUACACCGCUGUUCUUGUGGGAAGAGAUGCUCAUGAUUUCUCUUUACCUAAAGGAAACACUGUUACCAUUCCUUCUAUGAGACAAGGCUUUGUAAAUGUGGAAUUCACAAUUCGUUUCCUGCACCCUGCUGAAGCAGUAUUACUACUGACCUCAAAUAAAGUUGAUGGAAUAGAUGGUGCCACAAUGACAUUCUCUCUGAAAUCUGAAGUUAGGAGUAUUGAGCCUCUUGGUAUGAUAAGGUGCAGGUCCCCAUGUUAUGAGGUGAAGAAAUUUAACCUAAAUGUUACUAAUCCCUUCAAAAAUGAUGGCAUAUUCAGGGUAAUCUUGCUGGAAUCCACACAUUUACUCCACCCAGAGAAAGUGUAUCAAAGCAGGCAAGUAAAGCAAGAGCAAAAGUUUAGUUCUGAAAAUAGCGUAUUAAGUUCAAAAAUUUCUGCACUGCCUGAAGAUUCAAAGAAAGACACUAGCUCUGAUCAGUCUGGCCUCCUGCAUGAGUUCUUCAGUCCAACAGAAAAACUGUUCUUGAAAGGGAAAGGUUCUGCAACCUUAGAUAUUCACUUCCUUCCCUUUUAUCAGGAAAAGCGUUACUGCACUGUCAUUCUGGUUAAUGAAAAGAUUGGAGAGUUUGUAUACCUGAUUGAGGGAAUAGGUGAUUUACCUCUGGCUUCAGAAUUGCCUGCCUUGGAUAGUCCAAAUGUUUUGCGUGCUACCUCAGAAGAUGAAAGCACAGCACAGACAGUUUUAUAUUUUAAAUGUGGACUUGGUCAGACUCUGGAGGAGAAUCUGAAGAUUCCAUUGAUCAAUGAGUCAAGAGAGAGGGCCCUGGCUCUGGCUGCACAGCAGCAGAUGUCAGCUGUUGAGUAUGAAAGGAGAUUGAUGACUGGGACUCUGCAGAGCAGCAGCGUUCGAGUUGCAACUGCCUUGUUGGGGCUGUCCAGGGUACAGAGACGUGCACUUCUGAAGCCUCGCAGGCACCCCUCCGAGCUGAAGUAUGUGAAUUACAAUGUAGAAGUGAGCAUAAAAAACCUCUUCAAAGUUCCUAAAAAGUUCUCUAUUCCAGUGUUAUCUUCAGCCAGAGUUAAUUUGGACCCUUCAUCAGACAAAUGCCCUACAUCUCAGCAAACAGAUGGAAAUGACACAGUUGAGUUUCCUAUAAAAUUCACUCCUGAGAAAGCUGGUUGCUACCACUGUCAGAUUGUUCUGAAGUCAUCUUGGGAUAUUCGUGUCUAUGAGAUUGAGUGUGUGGUGAAUGCAGACCAGGCUGAUGCACAACUCGAAUUUCUGACUCCAGCUUACCAGACAGUGACUCAGGAAAUUCCAAUUACUAACAUAUCCGAUAAGGACUGGAGGUUUGAAGCAGUUUUGGAAGGACAGUGUUUUCAUGGCCCUGCUGUAAUAAAUGUGCCUGUAGGUGGAACAGUUCCGUAUCCACUCACAUUCAAGCCCCUUGCUGAGAGUGUAAUAAAGGGAAGGCUUAUUCUGAGAAAUGUUACAGCUGGAACUCAGAACAUCUUUAGUCUUAAGGGAAUUGGGAAGAAACCUCUGCCUCAGGAUUGCAUUUUGAUAGACUGCGAAGUAGGAAAGAUGGCUCAUAAAGUCUUAUGGGUGCACAAUUAUACCAAGAAGAAGGUAAAAUACAAGGUGUAUUCCAAUCUCUCAAUGCUGAGUGGUCCCCCUGCUGUGGUUGUCAACCCAGAGGACACUGUUGCUUACACUUUGAAUAUAUCUCCCUGCAGACGAGGAGUCUUUCAAGGUGUAAUUUCAUUUGUUGCUGAAGAUGAAGACCAGCAGCAGCCUCAAGACAGCAGCUCACCACAGUUGACAGAUGGCAAACAGGCCCUUCAGAAACUGCCAGCGAGGGCUUCACCAGCUUGUGAUGCAGCUGACAUUGGAGAAAGUUCUACACAUUGCCAAGUGUGGUACUCCUUGAAGAUUUUCAGCACACCUGCAGCAGCAGAAAGGACAAUAGAUGUGGACUGCAAAGCUCUGGAUACUGUUGGAAUUAAUAUUCCCAUCACUAAUCCUACUGAUAAAGUUCUCAACAUGAGUGUGCUGCUGGACCAUCCAUCCCUAUUUGGAGAAAAAUCUUUCACUGUCAAUCCCAAACAAACAUUUUCAUAUCACCUACAGUUUUCCGCAGCUGCUCUUGGCUCUUUUACUGGAAGUGUCAUGUUCCGGUCAGAUGUGAUUGGAGAAUUUUGGUAUUCCCUGAAGUUCAAUGUAGAGAAGCCAUCGCCAACCGGGCUGCCUGAUAUAGGAUGUGAGCUUGGAAAAUGGGUUUAUGCAUACAUACCUCUUGCUAAUCCUACUCAUGAAACUCUGGCGCUACAAAUAGAUAACAGCGAUCCCAGCCAUUUUGCAGUUGAGGCUGACCCAAAGCAACCUCUGACUAUUCCUCCUCAUUCCACCACUCAGCUGCCUGUGAGAUUCUGUCCUUCUGCCCUUGGAAGACGCAAUCACAAGGCAACAAUAACCUUCAAAUGCCCAAAGUUUGGAGAGCGGAUAUUUUACCUGACGGGGUCUGGAGUUCCUCCUGAGCGCAUGGAAACCACCACCAUAAGUGCCUGCAUUGGAGAGUACUCCUCUGCCAUCAUAGCCUUCAGAAAUCCAACUGUGGAAAAUGUGGUGGUAGAUGUCAUGAUGGCAGAUGAAGGGCUGUUGAAUGAGCAUCUGAGCGUAUCUGUCCUGUCCCAGGCCACCUGUAACGAAUCUGUUUUUCAUCUUCUGUUUAAACAGCCACAAGGAAUCCAAUUAGCUCCAAAAGAAAAACUGGAAAUCCCUAUAUUAUUCAUGCCAGCUGAAAUGAAAAUUUAUAAAGCAGUGGUGGUAAUUCAUGUAACGAGGGAAAAUGGUGAGAACUGGCCUUAUGAGGUUACUGCUGAAUCAAAUUCAGACUUAAACAGAAAUGUUAUUGUAGCAGAGAAUGGGGAAGCUCGGGGAAUACUCUGGAUCUAUCCCGUUAAUGGAACACCUGAAGCACCACAGCAGAAAUCAGUUGUGAUACGCUGUCAAGCCAGACAGAGGCUGGAGCAGAGAGUAGAGCUGCUGCUGAUUGGUGUCAUACCUGGUCCCCUUGCUCUGCCUGCUGCAGGGAACCCUGCCACAGUCGGCAUGGAUGAGUCGUCCACCUCAGAAGUUACUGAUGGUUCCUCUGCAACACUGGAAUUUCUGUAUGAAUUGCGAUAUCAAUCAAAUGAAAUUAGAUCUCAGCUUGAAUCUUCUGUUGGUAUGGAGCUGGUUGAAAAAGAAUGGGAUACAGAAUCCAGAAUUGUAACACUGAUCUUUAAUGUAGUGUUUGCACCUAACAAACCAAUGAGGAAUGAGGCAACUGUUGUGAUUCAGUGUACUGCAGGAGGCCUUUGGAAGUUUCCAUUGGUGUUCAUUGCCACAGAGCCAGAAGUGGAUGAUGUGAUCAACAUUGAAGCACUUGGCCUCAAUAAGGAAUCCAUAGUUGGCUUUAAGCUCACAAGCCAGACAAGGUACCCAGAGCCAUUCACUGCACACUUCCUGCCAGGCAGUGAUCCCGAUUUCCUUGUGAUGCCACAAGCUGGAGAACUUCUCCCAGAAGGCACUGUGGGAACCCAUAUAACAGUGGGAUACAAGCCAAGGAUGUAUGGCAAGAAGCACACAGCCACACUGGUCAUCGAGACACAGUCAAUGCAGUGGACAUAUAUAAUCAAUGGACUUCCUCCACAGACUGCACCACCUACAGUGGCAGCAAAAGUAGUUUGCACCAGCAGCUACACAGGAUCGUUCACAGUCCGACAGCGCAAUUUUGUACGUGAAAAUCUGAAACUUAUAACCACUGGGGCAUCCUCACCAAUCAAAGGAGCACCUUUGGUCCUUAGGAAUAAACAGAGAAAAUUAUAAUCUGUUAAUUUUUGGA